ACUACCACAAGCCUCACAUCCCGCGACCUAUCAUCGGCUUGGCGUUGCGUGACUUGGAUUUUCUGGACGACAUUUCUUGAAUAAUACUUUGCGCUCGACUUUAUUCUUGGGCUCCGGGGAUCGAAACACGUUGUAUACCAGAAGGGCAAGUGCAACUGUUAACAGGUUGCUGCACCUGAAGACAAGCCGCGAAGGCUCAGUCGAGCCUGGCACAUCGCCAUGAGCAAUUGGAUGAAUGACGCCAAUCCGAACCACAAUGGCAACGGCUUUCCUCACAUGAACGAUCCGAACGUUGCGAGUGCCAUGAUGGACCCCUCUGCCUUCAUGGCCAACCCGGGCCAAUUCAAUCCUGCGCAGCUGCAAAAUAUGCAGAAUGGCGCGAUGCGCAACCCUUCCCCAGCGACGAUGCAACAAAAUCCAUCGGCCUACCAAGGCAACUCUGUCAUUCCAUCAAAAAGACCUAGACCUUCCGACGAUGGUGCAUCGGGUUCCCCGACGCAAAAUCCUGGCAUGCUGCCAAACUCGCGAUCGCAAACACCGCAGCAGCAGAACUUUCCUCCCGGGUUUCAGCAGACGGCCGGGCAAUUCCCACAUCUCCAAGCCAAUGGCUCCGCUAACGCGAGUCCAUCGCCCAUCAUGAACAACCAGAUGCGUCCCGGCAGCGUGCCACAACGAGUCGCGACCGCCUCACCACAUCCAUUCUCUCCCAGCACCCAACAAUUCGCUCCGCACGCUUCGCCUGUUCCUUCCGAGCAAGGGACGCCCCAGCCAAAUCAGUUCAUGCAGCAACAAAUGCAGCAGCAGCCGCAGCAGCAACAGAACAUGCCACCGGGCUAUAACCCAGCGUUUUCCCAGUCGCCUUCGAAUGCGCGCCCUUCGCCGAACCCGAACGCGAUGAUGCCUCAACACAUGGCUCAGAUGCAGCAUAUGCAGCAAAUGGGCCAUAUGUACCCCCAGAUGCAGCAGCAGCAACAUCAGCAACAACAGCAGCAGCAGCAGGCUCAGCAACAAAUGGGCAUGGCACAACAGCAACAACGGUCGCAAAUGCCCCAGACACCCACCGAACAGCAGAAGCUAGCUGCAUAUCAAGCGCGACUCCAGCAGCAGCUCCAGGGCAACAUGCAGAUGGGACGCGGCAUGAUGAACAAGCCUCCUCAGCAAAUGUCAGGCACGCCCAAUGGUCAAGCCCCCCAAGCGCAAGCAAUGCGACAACGGCCUGGGAUGACAGCUGCGAACCCCGAGCAGUUUAUGAAGAACCUCACGUCGUUGAUGAGCGCAAAAGGAUUGCCGCUGGAUACCAAUCCUAUGAUUGCCGAUCCGCCGCAAAUGCCAAACGCCGCUCUCGCCCUCAAGCAUAUCUACGAGCGCAAUCUGUACACUUUUGAAGAGGUCUGGAUGGCUCAGCAUAAGCAGCGCAUGAUGCAACAUAAGCAGCAGCAACAGCAGCAGCAGAUGCUACAAGCCCAAGGACAGCAAGCCCAGAACCAGAUGCAAAUGCAGCAACAGCAACAGGCGCAAAGGCAGCAGCAACAACAACAGCCGAGCCAGCAUAUGCAUCCGGGACAACAGCAGCCACAACAGACACAGCAGCCCAAUCUGCAGCAGCAGACGCCAGUGAAACCUCCGGUAAAUGGUCUGAGCACCCCGCAGCAACAGCACAUGGCCCAGCCUCCCUCUGCUCAAGGUCACCAACGCAACAGUAUGUCAAGAGGCGUGGAAACACCUGUCCAGUCUGACUUUGUCAUGCCUUCACCUGCCCACAGCAAAGCUGGCAGCAUUCCAAUGCAGCAACAGCAGCCACUGCAGUCGCAGCCGCAGCAGCACAUAGCUCACGACCGCGGCGAGCCACCGGCACCCUCAGAGGUCCUUCGCAAAUCCGACGAAUACACGCCAUGCUCUCGAGAACUCACCUCGCAUGGUGGCAUCGAUCUGGAUAGCGUCUACCGCCUAGGACACGAGCUGCUACGGUUUGACCCUGCAGUGCCCCAGAUUGCCGAGCUGGGUAACAUCGAUAUCCAUGCCUUGACAAAAGGUCUGCAAAGCGGCAUACAUGGGGAGAUCAAAGUUGCCCUUGACACUCUUGUCACCGUUUCCAACUCACCGCAUCAGCCUCACCACUUUAUCAGGCUACCUUGGUGUGAUGACUUGAUAGACUCACUGAUUGACGCUGCCGAAGAGCCUAUCAGUGUUCUAGUGGAUCAUACGGCGGAAGUAUGCGACGAACUGCAGAUUGCGCACUACGACGAGGUUGUGCGAGCCUGCCGCAUUGAGCAAUGGACGAUACAGGAACGCCCAGCAUAUCGUAGCAGCGCCUACCAGAUCGACCGAGCUGUCGACCGCCUGAUUUGCAUUACCACGAUUCUGCGCAACCUGUCGUUCCCAGGACCCGGUGAUCAGAACGAGAACCAACCAAUCCUUGCAGAGGACACCGUUGUCAAGUUCCUUUGUGUCAUCAUCCGCUAUCUGGGCACACGAACCAUGUUUCUACGCACGCAUGCCAAUACCUUGGAUCUUAUGAAGGAUCUGGUGGUGCUGCUGUCAAACAUUGCUGGUUCAAUGGAGAUUCCGGGUCGCGAUGAGGCUCUCUGCCUGCUUCACUUCUUGGUGGCUUUUGCCCCAGGUCCAGGACCUACCAAAUCCGACAACAACACCUGGAUAUUCCCACCGUUCGAACCUAGCUUGCAUCCCUACCUCCCUCAUGCUGUUGAUGCACUGGCAAAACUAUUUGCCCGCGAUGAGCCGAACCGAACUCAUUUCCGCACGGUCUUUUUGCUGGAUGGUGGCAGCGAUCCUACCUAUGAACUACUGACACGCACGUUUGCCCUUGCUAUCUCGCCAGUACCCGACAAAGUCAUCGAGAGGCAUCGCGCCGCCAAUCAGCCUCCACUCUUCGAGACACGGAAACCGAGCAUCAUGCAAGGCCUACUCUGUGCCGAGAUUCUUGUGUCACUAGCUCCAGGCCCGGAGUCGGGUCUGACCAAGUCGUGGCUUCGGGGUGACAUCAACAUCGCUCAGAACUUGCUGGAGAUGGUAUCACGCUUGUCUCGCAUAUACGAAGCGCAGACGAUGCACAAGGGCGGCCGAGGUCCCCCGAGGCGAGAUUUGGAGUUGGUUUUCAUCGCAUCCACUGCCAUUGCAGUCGUACGACGACUCUUUGAGAAGGCCAAGGAUUUGAGCGACUCAGACAAAGAAGUCCUGGCAUAUCUCCCGUCGUCGGACAAGCUCCUUGAGAUCACCAGUCUCACCUCGGCCGACUGGGCAAAGGAGGGCUUGAUGCAGCAGUACACAGCCUGCCAUAGUCUCGGACGAUGACGGGAACGGGCUUUCUCUCGACUCAUGCUUGGCUUUACGAAUUGCACAUAACACAAUGGCGCUUGGGAGACGCCAUGAGCUGAAUAUAUACCAAUUAACGACGACGACACAAGCGCUUGGAAAAACGGGGUGUAUGCGACUGGCGUGCUGUCUUUUAUGAGAAGGAUGGGGAUUGAAUUGAGCGCGUGCGAGCGCGCGCGCGCGCACACAUACACACAGCGAAGUCGCGGCUUUAGAGCU